GAUUGUCAGUUUGUGACACAGCUGAUGCUUUAUGGUCUUACUAAGUCUAGGUGUUGUUUUCUACAAGAACAAUCAGAGUAAUCAGACUAACUUUAUAACUUCAAUUCUGUGGUGUGUGUGUCUGUGUGAUACUUUCCUCUUCAUAAUGUCGACACUUAAGGGAAUGGAAAAUUAUCAGAAAAUAGAAAAAAUUGGAGAGGGAACAUACGGAGUUGUUUACAAAGCAUUUGACAUGAAUGUUGACAAAACAGUUGCGCUUAAAAAAAUACGCUUAGACAAUGAAAAUGAAGGAAUUCCUAGCACUGCGCUACGAGAAAUUUCUCUACUGCGGGAGCUUGCGCACAGCAGCAUUGUGGAGCUCUAUGAUGUUGUGGUGGCCGACAUGAAGCUCUACUUGGUGUUCGAAUACCUUGACAAGGACCUCAAAAAAUUGUUUGACGAGUACAGAAGUCGGAACUUGAUUGGUCUCCCUCUUCCUCUCAUUCGGCAGUACAUGAAGCAACUCUUGAAUGGAAUGAACUACUGUCAUAUAAAGAGAAUCUUACAUCGAGAUUUGAAGCCCCAAAAUUUGCUCAUUGAUAACAAAGGUUCUAUCAAGCUGGCAGAUUUUGGUUUGGCGCGUGCCUUUAGUGUCCCUGUGAGGGCAUACACGCAUGAAGUCAUCACACUCUGGUACAGAGCUCCUGAAAUCUUACUAGGCACAAGGACAUACUGCACUGCUGUUGACUUGUGGAGUUUAGGGUGCAUCUUUGCAGAAAUGAUGACGUGCAAGCCCCUAUUCCCCGGUGACUCUGAAAUUGACCAACUGUUCAGAAUAUUCCGAACUCUGGGCACUCCAACACGUUUAGACUGGCCAGGUGUCACCGACUUGACUGACUACAAGAGCAGCUUCCCUAAGUGGCAAGUGGACAGACAUAAAGCCAUUGCUUCUUUAACCAAGAAGCUUGAACUCAGUGGCCAAAAUUUGCUUGAGAAAAUGUUGACUUAUGAUCCCAAGCAACGAAUCACCGCUCGUCACGCUCUCGUACAUCCUUACAUCACCGAAGAAAAAGAACCUUUAACGCUGGGUGUCAUUCAACAAGGGCUCUUCUUGCGGUGAUGCUACUUCUUCAUUCAAAUAUCAGUUAUAAGUUAAGAAAUUGUUAUUGCUGGACAUGAAGUUAGAAUGAUAGAAUUUAAUGGUAAAUAGUCUAUUGAUUAGGUAAGUUGUUGAAUUUUCUUCUCUGCCAUUCAAGUAUUUUCCCACAUUGCUUGGUGGUUCAUUUUUCUCAUAGCACUGUUGUUGCCUGAAAUUGAUCACACCUUUAGUUUGCAUAUAUUGCAGAGUAAUUUUUUAUUGAUCUAUGCUUUUUAUAAUCUGACCCUUGUCAUUAUGGUUGCUAUUCGUUGUCAAAGUUAGGUACUGACAGAAAUGAUUAAUUGUUUGAAAGAUUUACACACAUUUGAGCAUAAGUUUUGAAUACAUUUUGAUUCUAAAUGAAAGAAUCGUGCGGGAAAUGGCUUGUGAGUUUACAGCUCGACAAAGAUCUGUACUGUCUUUUGAACUAAAUUUUAUUCAA